AUGGCCCCUAAUACCGCAUUCAUUGCCUCGCUAGCAGGGCUUCUUCUGUUUCGCCCUGUAGCCGCUCAAACUUCAUGCGGCGGCAAUCUUUAUACCCCCGGAACUCUCAACUUCACUUCGGAAUGCUACAAUGCGUUUAUGGACUGCGCCGCCAAGUUCGAGGCCAAUGCGAGCUUGGUGAACUGCGACGACGGCAAGGGAAAUCUGUUUAUGCAGCAACAAGCCAACUUGGGGGCUGCCGCGGGGAGCCAGAACAACGACGCCGUCAUUGCGUUCCAAGACAUCCGCGAGCUCUGCCUGCUUAGUGGUACGACAACUGCAACGUGGGGCUACAGCGACAAUCAGUGGUAUUGGGCAGCAGCCGAGGAUGCUUGCUACACCAACGAUCCCAGCCGCACAGACGUUGUCAAGACUCAUCCGGCGCCAUUCUGCAUCCAGAACCGUGAUUCGCCUCUAUCAGAAUGCUAUCCGGAGCCGGAUGUCACUUCUGGCGGUCCCUUGAAAGUCCUAAAGACUGCAAAGACACCUAAUGGAUUCAAAUCCUCCGCCCGAGGUUGGAAUACAUACGGUGUCCAGGCGUUGCAAAAUGGCUCUGCGGUAGUACCAUCCUUUGCUGGGCAGUCUGGCUUGUACUACACUCAAAAGUUCGUUGAGACCCAGUGCGGUGUGCUCGCCCGACCCGAGUUCAAGGCUGCCGGAUACGACCUUUGCAGUCUUGAUUCUGGCUGGCAAGCCUUUACUGCUGUUGAUAACCAUGGCCGUAUCAUCUACAACUCUACACGCUUCAACCUCCCGCAGCUAGGUUCAUGGCUCCACAGCAGGGGCCUAAAACUGGGAGUUUACAUCACGCCCGGAGUUCCGUGUGUUGCCCACAACCAGACGAUUCUUGGCACCAACAUCAAAAUCGCCGAUGUCUUGAACGGCAAUAAUGACCAGAUCAACUGCGACUUUGACUUCAGCAAGGACGGAGUCCAGCAGUGGCAUGACUCGGUUAUCGAGCAGUGGGCGUCAUGGGGCGUUGAUAUGCUCAAGCUAGACUUUGUGACUCCCGGCAGCCCCUCAAACGGUGCCAAUCUUGCGUGCGAUAGCUCAGAUGCUGUGCGCGCCUACAAGAAGGCGAUUGAGAAAUCUGGCAAGAACAUUCGCCUUGAUGUCUCAUGGAAGCUCUGCCGUAACGAGACCUGGUUGCCAGUAUGGAGCGGCCUCGCAGACUCUAUGCGAACAGACCAGGACUUGGACAACUACGGCACGAACACAUUGAUGGCGUGGCAGGUCGGCCAGCGCGCAAUUGAGAAUUAUCGACAAUACAUCGGUCUUCAGGCACAGCGAAAUGUCCCAAUUACGAUCUAUCCCGACAUGGACGCACUAUUUACAGUCAACCCUGAGCAUCUCGCAGGCGUAAAUGAUUCUAUUAGAACGACCGUUAUGAACCACUGGCUGGGAGCAGCCGCUAAUCUGGUCAUCGGUGGCGACAUGCAGCAAGUCGAUGCACUGGGUCUUAAGCUGACCACCAGCAGCCAAUCUAUUGCCGCUGCGAAUUUCUUUGCACAAUACCCCAUGCAGCCUCGCAACCCUGGAACAGGAAGCAAUGCUGCAAAGCAGCUCCAAGCCUGGAUCGGAGGUCCAUCAGACAACCGCAAAGAGGCUUACGUGCUGAUUGUAAACUAUGGACCGGACCAGGGAAAUGGAGGGUUUGGAACCCAGCUUUACGCUUCACAGAAAGUGACUGUAUCUUUAAAGGACCUGGGCAUCUCUGGGUCAACUUGGACUUUUACGGACAUCUGGAAGGGUAACUCCACCAAGGUGUCGCAGUCAUACUCUGCUUGGCUCACAGAGGGAGAGUCACAGCUGCUGCGCUUAUCAAGGGUUAACUAG